AUCAUUCAUUUGGAUAGCGUGCUGCUCCAUUGUUUACGUUUGAAUCAAAGGUCUGCUGUGAGCCUGCUUUGUCAUGGUGGCAUUAACGGAGAAGAAGAGUGCUUCUAAGCCUCCAUCUGUUUUUGCCUCAAAAAUAAAGGCAAAAAUACUAAAUACAUCCUCAUUUUUCAAAGUUUCGCUGAAAGGCAACAAUAAGGCCUUGGCCAGAGCCCUGGCAGACCAGCGUGAGAUGACCAGACAGCUUUUUCAAGAGACAAUGUUACUGCAGCAACGUAUACUCGCUCUGAACUUUGACCUUGCCCAACAGAGGCAUCAGAAGAAGGAAUUGUUUACCAUCAUUCAAAAUGUCUACAAGACCUCUAUCAAGGGCAUGGACAUGGCAACCAAUGUCUUGGACAAUGAAAGUGGUGUUUUUUGCGAAAAUACAGAUGUGGACUAUGCUGAUGAUGAGAUGGAGAGAGAGAAGUUUGGAAGUGUGUUGCAAGCACGUGACAAAUCACCAAGGGAUUCCAUGGUUGCUGUCAGGAGGGCCUCACUGUUGACCAUUAACACUAAACAGAACUUGAGGCCUCCGCUUGAUCUGCGCAAAUCUAUCAAUUCUGUUGCAUCAUCGGACUGCUUAUUGCCCAUGCGUCUUUCAAGUAAGCAGACAGAAAAUGUGGAAGAAGAAGAUGCAACUCAUCAGCAAACAUUGAUUUGCAGCACAGAAAUGGACAUGACCGUCGUUGCCAGUGUUGCCCCAAUACAAACUGUAAGCACAAAGACCACCAAAAGUCGGAGCAGUCAUAAGAAUGUUACAGAGAAAGAUGAAGAACUAAGUUCCUCAACACCAAAUGCAGAGCACCUUUUCGGUGCAGGACUUGGCAAAGCAAAUGGCAGAACUGAGGUGAUCGAGAGAGCAUCAGUGGCUGCUGUACUUACUGAACUGCGGGACACGUCAUUGGAGCUGCAGCCGAGUACUCUCAAUGCAAAUAUGGAUGUUCAAACUACUAUGGACACUGGAAACGGGGAGACUGACUUUGUCGUUCCGUGCAGAAAAACACAUUUCACUAAGCGGAAAAUCAGCAGAUUGACUAUUAGUUCCCAUAAAGAUUCUGGGGACCUCUCAAAAAUACCUGACCCCAGAAAUCGUCAUGAUUUCAGAGGCACUGGAGAGGACAUGUCAUCAGGAGGGGCUUCAACAGAGGUGCGACAUGACCUGAAAACAGAUGUAUUCCCACAGCGUCGGAGGAAUGAUUCACUGAAUCAAAGGACUUACACUAUAUCAGAGAGAGCUUCGUUAAAAAAGAAGCAAAAUUCUGAUCUCUCGUCAUUCAUAAGUCAGAAAGAAAACUGUAUGACAGUCAUGAACUCUGGUUAUGACGUAUCGGAGGAUACCAUUCUAAUCGAGUCUUCACAGAUGAGAAGCCCUAACAAGAAACGCAAGAUUACUGAUUCACUCUCUGCAACAAAUCAAGAUACUAGAGCGAAGAGAAAGGAAAAGAACACCCCUUCUGCGCAUAUCAGAGGUGGUACUGAGGGGAGAAAAUCCUGUUUUAACGAAUGGUUUGACUUCAGUGCAGACGAUGACAAACAAGAGAAAAGCAUCCGAGUUAUAAGCACACUCGUAGAUCCAAAUACUUCCAAUGCAGAUAUUGCAACAGAAACUCUGAAAAACUGUGAUGAGAAGGACAUGGUCCCUCUGAAGGUUCCCUCUGAGACCCCUGUGGUGGUUAAACCCUGGAAGAUCAGUGACUUUCUUGCUGAUGAAGAGCUGGUGACCACUAAGAAAGCAAAGAAAGACCAUCAAGGCAAAUCUGAUGGGAAGAAAGCCCUGCAAUUGAAAAAGCAGAAGUGCUCUUCACAGAAGAAGAGGCAAGGAAACGUCCGGAAAAAUAAAAAGUUGCUUGAUGAAGAUCUGGUUUUGGAUGAACUUGACACUAGUUGCUGUGUGGAUAAAUUUCAGAGUGUUAACACCCAGCACUGUGAUGAUUAUUUCACUGACAACCACAAGGCUUUGAAAGUUCAAGAUCAACCACCAGAGGUCCAUCCAUCCACUGAGAGCAGUCACCCAAAAAUGCCGGGUGAUGCCAUACAUUUUAACAGUAUAUCUGCCAUCUCAAAAGAUCAACAAACUGAUGACAGCAAACUGAAAAGUAGAGGAGCUUUUGUCAUUUCUACAUGCCCUGAUCUAUUAACCAAUAACAAUACAAGCAGCAUCACUGAAGAGAUUAUACCUACAACCAACAGAACAGCUUUGGAGUCAACAUGCUCCAAAUCUGAUUUGUUUCCUAAACGACAAACAUUUGUUUACCCAAAGAAUUCAAAGAAAUCUGAGGCCUCACCUUGCCAACAAACUAAAUUACUGACAGAGGAGAGACCUCCAUGGGAAUCCCUUGACUUUGAUUGUGCAAGCCCUUUCCCUGUUGAUUCCCCUGCAUCAAGUCCCACUUCAACGCGACCCUCUAACGCCAUGGAAAUAUAUCAAGAGGCAUCUCCAAUAAAGACAAACCUGCCCCUAGUCACAGAAAGCAGACCCAUGAAAAGCUUAACAAACACAAACUGGAUGGCCAAUGUGAAAUCUGGUCGAAGGAAAACCGUUGUCUCUUACAAGGAACCAACACUGAAUUCGAAACUGAGGCGUGGUGACAAAUUUAGUGACACAGAGUUCCUGAGUUCGCCUGUGUUUAAAGACAAAACUCGCAAAAAGAAAAAGAAAGCCUGAAGGGAUGCUUUUAUGGUCUGAAUGCUGUCAGAAUGUUUGUAGUGUGUGAUUCUCUGUGCUAUUGGUAUUCUGUCUGUUUUGCAUGUUCUUCUUGGAUUUCAUUUUCAAAUGUGUUUUUUUUGUUUUUUGUUUGUUUAUUCAUUUUAUACUGCAUUUUCUUAAUUCUGUGUCAUUUUUAUAUUGUGUCAAUAAAGGGAUAACCUGUUUUCUCA